AUGUUACUUCGACGCAAAUCCGGCGAUCUUGGCAAGGGGGGAAGGAAGCAGAGAGAACAAGAACUCCAACGCCAGCGGGAAGCAGUUCCCAAAUCUCCUCCACGCCUGCCCGCCCUCUACAAUGGUGCGCAGCCUCCCGAGCUCCAGUCUUUCGGAGGAGACGUCCGCCCAGAUUCUCUCGCAAUAGUAUCCGGCCAGGCACACCACCAGCAAUACCAACCCCCGAACCCUCCAUCUGCUUCCAGACAGUCUAUGGACCCGGGCCAUCCCUCGGUCUCCUCCAAUCCUCCGAUGCCGCCCAUUCCCAACGGUGCGUGGGCCGACCCCUACGCCCGCACCGAGAGCAUGACCCAUCGUGGCCGAUACAGUUAUGCCAGCAGUGCAAUCAGCACCAUCAACAGUCCCAGGAGAGUCCGCAGACGCAAGGACCCCACCCCCUUCAACAUCUUGAUCAUGGGCACCAGCGGCUCUGGAAAGACAUCUUUCCUCGAGUUUCUGAAAAAGGCUCUGGCACUCCCCGAGAAAAAGCGCUCCCAGCGGGCAAACGAGAUCGGCGAGGAGGUUACCAUGAAGCCUUCUGGAAACUUCAUUCCUCACUACCUAGAAAGCGAGAUCGACGGCGAGCGCGUCGGCCUGACUCUGUGGGACUCCGAAGGUCUUGAGAAGAACGUCGUUGAUCUCCAGCUGAGGGAGAUGUCGGCUUUCCUGGAGAGCAAGUUUGAGGAGACAUUUGCCGAAGAGAUGAAAGUGAUAAGAUCACCGGGUGUUCAGGACACGCACAUCCAUGCAGUACUCCUCAUUCUUGAUCCAGCGCGUCUGGACCGCAACAUCGCUGCUGCAAAGCGAGCCGCUACGACUAGCUACAACGGGAAGCACCAAAGCACGCCACACUUCAUUGGGGGUCUGGAUGAUGACCUCGACUUACAGGUCAUGCGUACGCUCCAGGGGAAAACCACCGUGAUCCCUGUCAUCUCCAAAGCAGACACUAUUACCACCAAGCACAUGACUGCGUUGAAGAAGACCGUAUGGGCUACGUUGAAGAAGGCCAAUUUUGAUCCUCUUGAGCCGCUUGGCCUAGACGAAGACGACGAUUCCAGAAUCGACGAGGACGAUGAGGAUGCCUCGGAUCAGGGCGAUGAGGAUGCGGCUGAAGAUAGUGCCGAUGGUGACAACUUGCCAAUCCAGGGACAGAGUUCACCUCAGUCCAAGAGACGUUCGACCAACUCGGCCCGACGAGUCAAGCAGCCAGGGGAGGAGGACGGUGACGAGCUUCCCUUGCUUCCCAUGUCGAUCAUCAGCCCUGACCUGUAUGAGCCCGAAAUCAUCGGCCGCCAGUUCCCUUGGGGCUUCGCCAACCCUCUCGACGAAACGCACUGCGACUUUACUAGGCUUAAGGACGCGGUCUUCAGCGAGUGGCGCGGUGACCUCCGCGAAGCAAGCAGAGAACAGUGGUACGAAGGCUGGAGAACCAGCCGUCUCAAGCACCGGGAGCCGACAGGUCGACGCCGUUAG